AUGUUUGUCAAAGACAAAACUUACGUCGUCUUGCCGGUCUUUUCCGUCUUGACGCGUCUGUUGUUUCAACGCGGAUAAUUGGUAAAUGAUGGCAGCAAAUAAUUAUUUUGGUUUUACUCACGGCGGAACACAGUACGGUGCUGCGACUGCUGGAGCGGCCUACGGGGGCCAGACAGGGUACGCUGUAGCCCCGGCUGCGACCGCCGCGACGUACGGGACCCAGCGCGCUGCUGCUACAGGAUACGACACAGCGUACCAGGCAGCGGCCGCUACACAAGCAGCGGCUCACGCGCACGCGCACGCGGCCGCGGCGGCAGCGUCGGCGUACGACGCCAGCAAGAGCGCCUACUACCAGCAGGCCGCCGCCGCCUACCCCACCGCCGCGCCGCCGCAGCCGCAGCCCACCUACGACACCUCGGCCGCCAAGCCCACCUACUCCACGCAGGCUACUUACGCACAGGCGUGGCCGCAGAGCGGGGCGCGCGGCACGGGCGCGGCGGGCGCCAAGCCCUACGGCUCCGUGUACUCGUCCUCCACGCCCGCCGCCUCCUACCCCGCGCAGCCCUACACGCAGCCCGCCGCGCAGACUCCCAAGCAGACGGCUAACAGGGGCACCUCUGCUUAUGAUACAGCUCUCUACAACGCCGCUACCAUGUACGUGGCCCAGCAGAACAAGACUGGAGGUGGCGGCGGCUGGAAGAACUAUAACAAGAGUGGAGUAGGAGCGGGCCAGGCUCGCCGCCCAAAGCCGCCACCGAAGGCGCAGCAGCUCCACUACUGCGAUGUGUGCCGCAUCUCGUGCGCUGGACCUCAGACAUACAAGGAGCACCUGGAGGGGCAGAAGCACAAGAAGAAGGAGGCGGCCGUGAAGCUGGCGGCGGCGGGCGCGGCGGCCGCGGGGCGCGCGGCGGGCGGCUCGGCGCUGCGCUGCGAGCUGUGCGACGUCACGUGCACCGGCGCCGACGCCUACGCGGCGCACGUGCGCGGCAUCAAGCACCAGAAGGUCGUCAAGCUGCACACCAUGCUCGGCAAGCCCAUCCCCUCCACCGAGCCCACCAAGCUGGGCGGAGCCAAAAAGACGGUCGCCGGAACGCCCAAGAUCGCGUUCGUGGCUUCCGGAGGACUUAGCACGGUGGCCGGCACCAAUCCGCAAAAAUCCAUCCAAGGAGACAAAGACAAGGACUCGGACAAGGACGACGACGGCGCGGACGAGCCCGAGGUGCAGCCCGUGGGCCAGGACUACAUCGAGGAGCUGCGCGGCGACGACGGCAAGGCGCUCUCCUUCAACUGCAAGCUGUGCGACUGCAAGUUCAACGACCCCAACGCCAAGGAGAUGCACAUGAAGGGCCGCCGCCAUCGUCUGCAGUACAAGAAGAAGGUGCAACCCGACCUGGAGGUGAAGGUGAAGCCGUCCAUGCACCAGCGCAAGCUGGCCGAGGCCAAGGCGCAGCGCAUGCUGGUCCGCGACGAGCUGUGGGCGCGCCGCCGCAUGCACGACGGCAUGGAGGAAGACGAGCGCGCGUACUGGGAGGGCGGCAUGGAGCCGUGGUGGCCGCGCGGCCCCGUGCCGCCGCCGCUGCACCACCACCACCCGGGUAUGGGCAUGGGCUACGGGUCCGGCCGGCGGCCGGAGACGUCGGACGACCGGCACGUGGUGGCCAAGCACGCGGAGAUCUACCCCAGCGAGCAGCAGCUCGCCGACACGCAGCGCCUCGUGUCGCACACCGAGCGCGCGCUCAAGUCGCUCUCCGACGCGCUCGCCGAGCAGGCCAAGCCUAAGGCUGGCGCUGCCAAAGCGGCUGUCAAGACUGAGGACAAGAAGGAUGAAAAUAAGGAUGGCAAGGAGGACGGCCGCGACAAUCAGCUGUUCUCGUUCCUGGGCGAGGGCGAGGGCGGCGCGGGCGCGGCGGAGCCGGCGCGCGCGCUGAAGGGCGUGAUGCGCGUGGGGCUGCUGGCCAAGGGCCUGCUGCUCAAGGGCGACCGCGACGUGCGCCUCGUCGUGCUGUGCCACGACCGUCCCACCGUCACGCUGCUCAAGCGCGUCGCACUCGACCUGCCCGCGCAUCUCGCCAAGGUCAAGGGCCCCGGCGACGAGCCCAAGUACAAGGUGGACCUGCUGCCGGCCGAGGGCGCCGUGCAGGUGUCGGACGGCACCGGCAGCGUGCUGGUGUCGCUCACGUCGGCCGUCAUGCGCGAGCCCGCAGAGGGUGGCGACAUAAAGCGAGACGACAAGGAUGUGCUACCGCGGCAGAAGUGUUUGGACGCGUUGGCCGCCCUUCGGCACGCCAAGUGGUUCCAGGCUAGGGCGGCGACUCUGCAGUCGUGCGUGAUCAUCAUCCGCAUAAUGCGCGACCUCUGCCGUCGCAUUCCCAACUGGACGCCGCUCAAUCCCUACGCGAUGGAGCUGCUGGUGUCGGGCGUGAUGCAGUCGGCGGGCGCGGCGCUGUCGCCGGGCGAGGCGCUGCGCCGCGUCAUGGAGGCGGUGGCGGGCGGCCUGCUGCUGGAGCACGGGCCCGGCCUGCGCGACCCCUGCGAGAAGGAGCUCGUGGAUGCUCUCGGAAAUCUGCCCGCGCAGAAGCGUGAGGACUUGACCGCUUCGGCCCAACAGUUCCUGAGACAGAUCGCCUUUAGACAGAUUUACAAGGUGCUGGACAUGGAGCCGCUGCCCAAGCUGAAACACCCGGCGGGCCCGUGGAAGUUCCCGCGCAAGCGCAGGCGCUCCCACACCGACGCCGAGUCCGACCAGCCCAACGGUGAGGGUAAAGUAGUGAAAACGGAAGAAAAAAUGGACGCAUCCGAAACUGCCGCGAACGCCAAGUAAGCGCGAUGAGGCGUGUUACUGCUGACAUACAUGUUCUAUCUAGUUCAUACGACAUUACACGCACCUAACAUCCUUGUGCAUUAUCUAUCUAUCUAUACUAUAUUAUGUGAUUCAGACUUGACUGCGAUCGAGCGCGCUUUGUCGUAUGUUCUACCAUUAACAUACCGUUAAAAUAUUCUGACUCAAAAUCAACCGAGGUAAAUUAUACAGAUUAGAAUAUCGUUUUAAACUAAUUGUCAGUAACACUAUUUUCGAUAUAUAUUUCAAUGAAGAUCUGUCCAAAAAGUACACAAAUAAAAUAACAUAGCAGUCCCAAAAUAUUUGUAGUGUUUUAAAAUUAGAUAGAAUUUUAGUCUCGUACUAAUGUAAUUUAGGAGUUAAGUCUGUAUGAGGAUGCGAGACAGGGACCCGGCGCCCGGCGCCGACGGAGCGACACGCGAGAGGACUGGAGGAGACAGAGUGCUUAUUAUUAAGGUUGCAGUAUUGACUUGACGUUUAGUUCCUUCUGUGACGAGAUCACAUGUUGGUUUCUUUAUUACAUUAUGAUUUUCUAGAUUUAGUUUGUAAGUUGUAUAUUUCUCAAAUAUAUAUAAUAUAUCCCUAUUUUAUCUACAAGUAUGUAGGAAAUAUUAUUAGUGACGAGUUGUUACUAUGUUCCAAUAGGGAGAUCAUUCUGGGUCUAUGUAUAAGUUAAUGUUGUCUGAAAAUCAUGAACUUUGUCAUGUCAAAUCAUGAUCUUUUAAAAUCGGACAGCAUACAAAAUCAGUUUUUGUUUUUACCCGGAAAUAUGGGUGUGUGAGCAAACUGAUUUAUUAAUAACAUAUUUUGUGGGUUAGAUAUGUUCAGGUUCCCAAAAAUUAAUUAGAAUAUUAGGCAGAUAACUCAGGACUUACUGUGGACCUUUGUUUGUUUCUUAAGUUAAAUUUAUUUUUAUUACGUGAGAGCUGUGUAAUUUGAAAUUAUUGUCAAUAAACAAUGGAAAACUAA